AUAGAUGAAAUUGAAAUUCGUUAUGUUAAUUAAAAUUUUUAAAUAAUAAUUGAUUUCCUCUUCUUCCAGCCGUCCAUAAAUACCAAACCCUUUAAACCGUCCUAUUCAUUUUCAUUUUUUUUCCUGCGAUCUGGUCUUACCAUCAUGGCUAUGCUCGAUUCCUUCUUCAACAAAGGCUUCAAAGCUGCUAAAUGCAAAACUUUACUGAAGUUAACAAUUCCGCGGAUAAGGUUAUUGAGGAACAGGAGAGAGAUUCAUAAACAGAUGCGCCGCGAAAUUGCUAAGCUGCUUGAGACUGGCCAAGAAGCUACUGCUCGAAUUCGAGUGGAGCAUAUAAUAAGGGAAGAAAACAUGAUAGCUGCUCAGGAGAUCCUCGAGCUGUUUUGCGAGCUUAUUGCUGUCCGGCUUCCUAUCAUAGAGAUUCAAAGGGAAUGUCCUUUAGAUUUGAAGGAAGCGAUAAGUAGCGUUUGUUUUGCUGCACCAAGAUGUGCCGAUCUAACAGAGUUGAUGCAGGUUCAAAUGCUAUUUACUUCCAAGUACGGGAAGGAAUUUGUAUUAGCUGCAACUGAGCUGAGGCCAGAUUGUGGUGUUAAUCGUCAGUUGAUAGAAUUGUUAUCUAUACGUGCUCCUUCACCUGAAGUAAAAUUGAAGAUUUUGAAAGAAAUUGCUGAAGAGCAUGAGUUGGAUUGGGAUCCAACUUCUACCGAGUCUGAGUUUUUCAAAUCACAUGAAGAUUUAUUGAAUGGCCCAACACAGUUUGUGACUGAAUCCAAGUUACCCCUUCCGGCGGAGAAGCAUGGUGAAACAUCGGCUUCUUCCGCUGAUCAUGCCCAAACCGAGCAGCCUGAUUCUGAUUCAGACUUUGACCUGGUAGAUUUUCCUGAAGUCCCAAAUGUGUCACUGCAUCCAAGCACUAAUGCUGCAUCAGCACCGGUAACUAACCCACCUUCAUCAGCUGCUCCUGAACUCGACAUUGAUCAUUCGCAUAGACAUGCUAGAGCUUCUGGUCAUGUGCUACAAAUGCUCCCUUUGGAGCCCGAGAUAUUGAUGCAAGAAAAUACAACUAAAGAAAGUGAAAUGCCCGAUGAUCCGGCUGCAUCCAAAGAAAAUAAACAGUUUCUGCCAUUCAUUUCUCCUCCAUCAGUAUCUGCUUCAUCGAUUCCUUCAAGACCAAGCGAUCCAACACCUGCUAUUUUAGAACCAGAAAGUGAGACCAACUUCGAUCUAGAGGAUGUUUUAGCUGCUGCUCAGUCAGCUGCUGAAAGUGCUGAGCGUGCAGCAGCUGCAGCUCGCGCAGCAGCUACUCUUGCACAAAUCAGAAUUUCCGAACUUAAGCAGAAAAAUAAUGGCCAAGCCAGUGAGGAUAGAUCCGAGAACCACCUUCAUACAAAUGUUCCUCAUCAACCAGCUAGCAAGGGAAACCCAAUUUUGAUAAUCUGAACUCCUUUAGCCAUCACGGUGAUGGUUUAUAUUCUCCGGACAAAGGAUCAGAGCCAGGGAUCUUCCUUCAGUGAGCCAGUUAAAAGUAGGUUCGGAUUCACAGGUUUCCAGAGAUGAUGCUAUUGAACAAGAGCAACAUCCGCAGAGAUGGCCUUCGAUGAAUGAUGAAUACUUGUAUCCGAACCUUUUUGGAUCCGGUGGUUCUUUUAAACAUAAUCCCGAUAGUCAGUAAGGCUACGGCGGAUUUGUGUUGAUUGGUAACAAAACUAUGGUGCCCAUCUUUAUUUCAUUUUGUUUUACUUGUAAGCAACCGAUGCUUUGGAAAUAAGUCUCUCUUUUUUCACCA